AUGGCUAUCUCCUGCAGUAAUCACAAUUCCUUCCAUAGCAAAGCUGCCGUUUGGCAGCACCUCAUUAAUAAUCAAUCGCCCGUUUCCGCCAUUGAUUUAGCAGUAGGAGGCCGCCCCGCUCCCUCCUCGUUCUCCCUCCCCUCAUGCUCCUCCCCGCCCGCCCUCGCCGCGCGCCGUAGCAGCCCGACCCGACGCGAGCGGCGGUCGUGGGGGGUUAGGGUUUUUUUUUUCUCGCGGCGAUGCGGAGGGCGGCGUGGGUCGGUGGCGGGUCCAUCACCUUCCGCCGCCGCGUGAUGGAGGGGCUGGCAGCGGUGCUGCUCCUGUACGCGCUCGUCGUGCUCGCCCUCGAGUCCCCGCUCGUGUCCGCCCCGCUCCCGGGCGGCGCCGCCGCCGUCGCGCGGAAGCUCCACCUCUCCGCUGCGGGCGCCGUGGCGCGCUCCGCCCCCGCGCGCCCCGCCAAGGAGCCCCGCCCCGCGGUCGUCGUCGCCGGCCCGUCGGCGCGCGCGCGGGGACGGGACCGGCUCUCCCGCUUCGCCACCGGGCUCGACCUCCGCCUCCUCGACACCGCCCGCUCCGGCCCGCUCCGCGGCCAGAUAGCCGACGCCGUCGCGGCUGGCGCCCGCGUGUUCGCCGAGCUCGAGGGCCUCGACGGCGCCAACGCCACCGCCCUCGCGGCGCCCUCCGGCGGCGGGGGCGAAGGAGGGGGAGAGCCGCCCCCCGCCAGGUGCCCGCAGUCGAUCGCGCUCUCCGCGGAGGAGCUCCGGGCGCGGGGCCGCGUGGUGGAGCUCCCCUGCGGGCUCGCGCUGGGGUCCCACGUCACGGUGGCCGCGACGCCCCGGGCGCCGCACGAGGAGCGGGACCCCGCGAUCGCGGUGAUCAGGGACGGGGAGGCGCCGGCCAUCGUGUCGCAGUUCAUGGUGGAGCUGCAAGGGCUCAGGGCCGUCGACGGCGAGGACCCGCCCCGCGUGCUCCACUUCAACCCGCGCCUCCGCGGGGACUGGAGCGGCAGGCCGGUGAUCGAGCAGAACACGUGCUACCGCAUGAACUGGGGCACCGCGCACCGCUGCGAGGGAUGGAGGUCGCGCCCCGACGAGGAGACUGUGGAUGGGCUGGUGAAGUGUGAGAAGUGGAUUCGGGACGACGAUGAGCACUCUAUAAAAUCAAAGACAGCUUGGUGGCUGAAUCGGCUGAUCGGGCAGAAGAAGGAAGUCAAUCUCGACUGGCCAUUUCCUUUUGUGGAGGGCCAGUUAUUUGUUCUGACUCUCAGCGCUGGGUUGGAGGGUUACCAUGUGAGCGUCGACGGGCGACAUGUGACUUCGUUUCCUUACCGCACUGGGUUUGUGCUUGAGGAUGCCACAGGUUUGUUCCUGAAUGGGGACCUCGAUGUGCAUUCAGUGGUUGCAGGGUCUUUGCCCACUACACACCCAAGCUUUGCACCACAGAACUAUCUGGAGUUUUCUACUGUUUGGCAGGCCCUUCCUCUGCCUGAUGAGCCAGUUGAGAUUUUCAUUGGCAUCCUGUCAUCUGCCAAUCAUUUUGCUGAGCGGAUGGGCGUGAGGAAGACAUGGAUGUCUGCUGUCCGCAAGUCACCAAACAUGGUGGCUCGGUUUUUCGUUGCAUUGCAUGGCAGAAAGGAAGUGAACGUGGAGUUGAAAAAGGAGGCAGAUUUUUUUGGGGACAUUGUUUUUGUGCCGUUUCUGGACAACUAUGAUCUUGUUGUUAUGAAGACUCUUGCAAUAUGCGAGUAUGGGGUGAAUGUUGUCUCUGCUAAAUAUGUAAUGAAGUGCGAUGAUGAUACUUUUGUGAGACUUGAUUCAGUAAUCACUGAAAUAAAGAAGGUACCAAGUGGCAGAAGUCUCUACAUGGGGAGCAUUAAUAUCCAACACAGGCCAUUACGCCAUGGGAAAUGGGCCGUGACUUAUGAGGAGUGGCCAGAAGAGGUGUAUCCAGCAUAUGCAAAUGGCCCUGGGUAUAUUUUAUCAUCCGAUAUUGCAGAUUUUAUCAUGUCAGAAUUCACAAAGCAAGGAUUGACGCUAUUUAAAAUGGAAGAUGUGAGCAUGGGUUUGUGGGUUGAGCAGUUCAACAGGACAAGACCUGUUGAAUACAUUCACAGUUCCAAAUUUUGUCCAUAUGGAUGCACUGAUGACUACUAUACUGCGCAUUACCAAUCACCAAGGCUGAUGUUAUGCAUGUGGCAAAAGUUAUUGGAAGGAAGACCAGGAUGUUGCAAUGUGAGAUAACUGUUAUGACAUAGUUCCAGAAAAAGAUAACAAUAAUGAAACGAGUAGCAUCUGACCCUCAUCCAUAGCGGUCUCAUCAUGUAAUCAACAGAAGUAGAAGGUUAAACUAAUGUUCUUUGUCACCUGCGAUUAAUUCAUACAUCUUGAUGGUAAUUUAUCCUCCUAGAGUCUGCAAUGCUCAAAAGCUGACCCUACUUAGUUACAAUAGUGGAUUAGGAAGCCUACUAGUAAUCCUGUACUCUUUCGCCCCCAACCAUAUAGGUAGAAGUUUGCAUGUUCUCUAGAGAUUCCCAACCAAGGACGUCAUUUGUAAAUAUGAAGAGUUGAAAGAGUUCAGUUAAGUUGUUUCUUUUUGGCAGUAGGGAUUUAAGACCUGAGAGUAGUUGCAGCUAAACUUAUCAGGUAAUAGAGCAAUCCUUAAUAUUUCAGCCAAUUUUUAACACAGCUUUUUUCCCAGUUAUGACUUUGUUUUAUUAGUGUAUUUAUUUCUUAACGCUGUUUUCUUAAGAAGCAUAUUUAACACAUGCAUUUGAUGCCGAGUAUCUUAACCUUUUGAAAACAACACAUUUGGACUGCUAUGUCUCACUCAAUGGAUCCCAAGUACAAGCAUCACACAUGUGCAAACCAAGCCACCAGGGCAGCAUUAUUUUUUUUUAUUUGGAACCUAGUACUCGAGCCGUGCUCCUUUUGAAUUUCUAUAUAUCUUAUGAUGAGAUCAGCACGAAACUUUUAUUUUGCUUGGUGGAGCAUGUCAUAGAAGUAUAGAACUUACGAGCACCAGUAAACAAAUAAAUAAUGUGCAGGAGUUACUAUUUUAACAAAUUUAAACCUCAGUUUCUGAAUCUGAAAACAAUGACAAACAACACACUUGGAUUCACCUGUAAACAAAACAUGGUUUGCAUUACCAUGAGGGAAAGCAAUGUAGAAGAAAUAGAGAACUGAGGGUAAGAGUUCUUUUUUCUAAUCGCUCAGCAUGCCAUUUUGAUGAGCCUGGUCAAGUAGUUGUCUGUCAAUCUACAAGUUGCUAAUUUUGAGUAUGGUUGGCUGUAUUUGCAGAUGUUGUAUAAUGAGCCAUCAUAGUGAUUUGGGCCAAUUUUGUAAUUUUGUCAUGAAACUUAUCAUGUAACUGUGAAAUGCCUUUUUUUUGCCUUUUGCGAAAUAACUUGGUCAUGACUUAUGAGUUGAA